UGUUGUUUUAGAGACCCUUCAUGUUGGAUGUUACAGCUCUGCUGCUGACCACUCUGGAGGAGCUCACUGAAGAACAGCUGAAGACAUUUCAGUGUUACCUGACUAGUUUCCAGCUGCCUGGCUUUCCUCCCAUCCCAGAGAGCCAGCUGGAGAGCGCUGACAGACAGGACACAGUGGAUCAGAUGGUGAAGAGAUACGACCCUGAGGGAGCUGUGAAGAUCACACUGAACACAGUGAGGAAGAUGAACCAGAAUGAUCUGGCUGAGAAGUUAGAGAGAGAUCACAGAGGAGGUAAUUACAGGUGUUGUUCAUAGUCAGGAUGUUGAGUGUUUCAAAAAAGAGUCCCAGCUUCUUUACUAUUUUGUUUUAUAACAUAUAAAUGAGGAUACAACAUUUAUGUCCCCUUUUGAUAACACAUCUCAGAAACGCAGGUAACACCUCUAUAAACGGUCAAUAUAGAGUUUGUCAUUUCAACUGUUUUCUCCUCAGUCCUCCAGGCCACUCAAAAAACGUUGAAGGAAAUGCCAAGUUCCUCAUCUCAUAGUCCUCCUAGAACCCCAGGUAAGAGUGAAGGAGAUGUAAGAUCUUCAUUUGAUCAUUCUUUUGUUGCUGAGAAUUUUCUUAUACGGCAAGAAAUGCAAACUUGUAGUGUAUUGGAGUUUUAAAAAGUUUUCUGAAGUUUUCCACUUGAAUUGACCUAACGAAAAAUGUAUCAACUCCUACAAAAAUGUCAAUUAAUUAUAAUAUACAUAAUAGUUCACAUUUCCUGUUGCUGCAGGAUUAUUUUCCUGCUGAAGCAAACUGGCUCAAAUGAAGAUCCUACAUCUGUAUUUAAUACAAAGACAACUUUAAACCAAUAACUAACAAAAUUAGAUAUAUACACUAUUUCUGUGCAGAUUCUCCUCUUCUCCUGGAACCCAAUGAUCCCAUUGUUGGACAGGCCUUCACCUUGCCAUCAGCGACUGAUGGGACAAUAGAAGAAGAGAGCCAGGACUGUGCCAGAGUGCCUCCGUCUGACAGCUUACCUGAAGCCAUGGACGAGUUAAGCAUCACAGAAUGUAGAGUAGUGGACCAGAGCCUGUGUACUACUGACCCUCCCAUGGUAAGACCCUCACUGGAAAGAAAGAAAGAAAGAAAGAAAGAAAGAAAGAAAGAAAGAAAGAAAGAAAGAAAGAAAGAAAGAAAGAAAGAAAGAAAGAAAGAAAGAAAGAAAGAAAGAGCCAUUGAGUAUCUGAUUUUAUGGUGGAUUGUGGAGGAGAGGGGUUGAGUGUGUUGAAGUAUGUGCGUGUGUGUUUGUCCGGCAUCGGUUGUGGAGGGGUGGGGAUGUUGGGGGGGUAUGGGAUGGACCACGGGAAUUAUUUGCUAGGAUAAUAAUUGAUUGUCAAUAAAUUAAAUGUAAUACAAUGGCAAUCCGGGUUAUAUGUUAAAAUCCUACGCAUGAACUGCCGACAUUAUUAUGCAUAUUAAUUGAUAAUGAUGGAAAAUAUAUAGAGAGAGAGAGGUGACAGCAUUGGAAAUGCUUUUGGCGGUUAAUCUGCUUCUGUUUUGUGGGUGGCACUGUGUGCUGUUUUCGAUGGAUGGGUCCUGGCCUCUCAGGGCCCUAGGGAUCCGGAGGGACGUGGGUGGGAUGCCGAUCACUGGGAUGACGGCUCAACUUAGGAUGGGGAGGGGCUUUAGCGGGGGAAUUAGUCGUCUUGACUUCUUUCUUAUCUCAUUCUCGUUGGCACCAAAAGUUUUUAAAGUGUUGAUAAGGGACAGAAUGCGGUCGGACCAUCAUAUACAGUGGGGAAAAAAAGUAUUUAGUCAGCCACCAAUUGUGCAAGUUCUCCCACUUAAAAAGAUGAGAGAGGCCUGUAAUUUUCAUCAUAGGUACACGUCAACUAUGACAGACAAAUUGAGAAUUUUUUUUCCAGAAAAUCACAUUGUAGGAUUUUUUAUGAAUUUAUUUGCAAAUUAUGGUGGAAAAUAAGUAUUUGGUCACCUACAAACAAGCAAGAUUUCUGGCUCUCACAGACCUGUAACUUCUUCUUUAAGAGACUCCUCUGUCCUCCACUCAUUACCUGUAUUAAUGGCACCUGUUUGAACUUGUUAUCAGUAUAAAAGACACCUGUCCACAACCUCAAACAGUCACACUCCAAACUCCACUAUUGCCAAGACCAAAGAGCUGUCUUAGGACACCAGAAACAAAAUUGUAGACCUGCACCAGGCUGGGAAGACUGAAUCUGCAAUAGGUAAGCAGCUUGGUUUGAAGAAAUCAACUUUGGGAGGAAUUAUUAGGAAAUGGAAGACAUACAAGACCACUGAUAAUCUCCCUCGAUCUGGGGCUCCACGCAAGAUCUCACCCCGUGGGGUCAAAAUGAUCACAAGAACGGUGAGCAAAAAUCCCAGAACCACACGGGGGGACCUAGUGAAUGACCUGCAGAGAGCUGGGACCAAAGUAACAAAGCCUACCAUCAGUAACACACUACGCCGCCAGGGACUCAAAUCCUGCAGUGCAAGACGUGUCCCCCUGCUUAAGCCAGUACAUGUCCAGGCCCGUCUGAAGUUUGCUAGAGUGCAUUUGGAUGAUCCAGAAGAGGAUUGAGAGAAUGUCAUAUGGUCAGAUGAAACCAAAAUAGAACUUUUUGGUAAAAACUAAACUCGUCGUGUUUGGAGGACAAAGAAUGCUGAGUUGCAUCCAAAGAACACCAUACCUACUGUGAAGCAUGGGGGUGGAAACAUCAUGCUUUGGGGCUGUUUUUCUGCAAAGGGACCAGGACGACUGAUCCGUGUAAAGGAAAGAAUGAAUGGGGCCAUGUAUCGUGAGAUUUUGAGUGAAAACCUCCUUCCAUCAGCAAGGGCAUUGAAGAUGAAACGUGGCUGGGUCUUUCAGCAUGACAAUGAUCCCAAACACACCGCCCGGGCAACGAAGGAGUGGCUUCGUAAGAAGCAUUUCAAGGUCCUGGAGUGGCCUAGCCAGUCUCCAGAUCUCAACCCCAUAGAAAAUCUUUGGAGGGAGUUGAAAGUCUGUGUUGCCCAGCGACAGCCCCAAAACAUCACUGCUCUAGAGGAGAUCUGCAUGGAGGAAUGGGCCAAAAUACCAGCAACAGUGUGUGAAAACCUUGUGAAGACUUACAGAAAACGUUUGACCUGUGUCAAUGCCAACAAAGGGUAUAUAACAAACUAUUGAGAAACUUUUGUUAUUUACCAAAUACUUAUUUUCCACCAUAAUUUGCAAAUUCAUAAAAAAUCCUACAAUGUGAUUUUCUGGAUUUUUUUUCUCAUUUUGUCUGUCAUAGUUGACGUGUACCUAUGAUGAAAAGUACAGGCCUCUCUCAUCUUUUUAAGUGGGAGAAUUGGUGGCUGACUAAAUACUUUUUUCCCCUACUGUAAUUGGCAUUUACAUUACUCUUACUGAAUUUCCACGUCGGCGAGGAUAUUGGAAAUGUAAUCAAAGCCUAUUGGAUGAUAAUUUAUUUAUAAUUAGAAUAAAGGAAUUUAUAACUGACUUUUUCCGACAUAACAUAGGUACAGCAAAUCCACUUAUUGUAUGGGACACCUUUAAAUAUGCCUUUAGAGGCCAUGCAAUUCAGUACUCAUCUCGAAAACAAAAGCAAUUUAGGUCAAAACAGUUUAUACUAACAAAGGAAAUAGAAAGUCUAACAGAACAGAUAGAUGGCAAUAAAAACUGUAACAUAGAGGCUCAGAAUAAAUUAGAGGAAAAACAAAAAGAAAUGGAGAAACUUAUUCAAGAAAGAUCAUAUUAUAUUUAUAUAUAAAAAUAAAGCAAACUGGAUGGAAUAUGGGGAAAAAUGCACAAAAUUAUUUUUUUAUCUUCAACAUAGGAAUGCUACCAAAAAUAACUUAAUGAAACUGGUUACAAUUGACGGAGUCACCCAUGAUUCACCAAAUUAUAUUUUGAAGGAGGAAACAAAGUACUUUAAGCAUAUGUUUUAUUUUCAGUCGCCUCCAUCUCCUCUAACUGAAGCUAAUUGUAGAGAUUUUUUUUCUAUUGAUAAUGUAAAAUUAACAGCCAUACAGAAAGACUCAUGUGAAGAUGAAAUUACAGAGGAGGAACUUCUGAAUGCAAUUAAAGACUUUAAGUCCGGGAAAACUCCAGGGUUGGAUGGCAUACCAGUCGAGGUAUACCAAACCUUUUUUGAUAUACUAAGAGGACCGUUAUUAGCAUGUUUUAACCACUCCUAUGUAAAUGGUAGAUUAUCUGACACUCAAGAAGAAGGUCUGAUCUCAUUAUUACUGAAACAGGAUACAAGUGGAAAAUAUAAAGAUCCAGUCCAUGAAAAAAAUUGGAGGCCCCUUACACUUCAGUGUUGUGAUGCAAAAAUUGUAGCAAAAUGUAUAGCGCAUAGAAUUAAAAAGGUAUUGUCGGAUAUUAUUCAUUCUAAUCAGACAGGUUUUUUACAUGGAAGAUACAUUGGAGAUAAUAUAAGGCAUGUAUUGGAAAUAAUAGAACACUGUGGAAAAUAUGGGAAACCAGGCCUGCUAUUCAUAGCAGACUUCGAAAAGGCAUUUGAUAAAGUACGACUGGGGUUUAUAUACAAAUGCCUGGAACAUUUCAAUUUUGGAGAAUCUCUUAUAAAAUGGGUCAAAAUCAUGUAUAGUAACCCUAGGUGUAAAAUAGUAAAUAAUGGCUAUUUCUCAGAAAGUUUUAAACUGUCAAGAGGAGUGAAACAAGGUUGUCCACUAUCAGCAUAUCUAUUUAUUGUGGCCAUCGAGAUGUUAGCUAUUAAAAUCAGAUCCAAUAACAAUAUCAGAGGAUUAGAAAUCCAGGGCUUAAAAACAAAGGUGUCAUUGUACGCUGAUGAUUCAUGUUUUCUUUUAAAUCCACAACUAGAAUCCCUCCACAGCCUCAUAGAGGAUCUAGAUACAUUUUCUAACCUAUCUGGAUUACAACCAAAUUAUGACAAAUGUACUAUAUUACGUAUUGGAUCACUAAAAAAUAAAAAAUUUACAUUACCAUGUAGUUUACCAAUAAAAUGGUCUGAUGGUGAUGUGGAUAUACUCGGAAUACAUAUCCCAAAGGAAGUAAAUGAUCUCACUUCAAUCCAUUUUAAUAGAAAGUUAGCAAAAAUAGAUAAGAUCUUGCUACCAUGGAAAGGUAAAUACCUGUCAAUUUGUGGAAAAAUCACCCUAAUUAACUCUUUAGUAUUAUCCCAGUUUAUCUAUUUGCUUAUGGUCUUGCCUACGCCUAGUGAACAGUUUUUUAAAUUAUAUGAGAAAAAAUAUUCAAUUUUAUUUGGAACGGCAAGCCAGACAAAAUUAAAAGGGCCUAUUUAUAUAAUGAAUACGAAUUCGGAGGACAGAAAUUAUUAAAUAUUAAAGCAUUAGACCUAUCACUAAAAGCUUCAGUCAUACAAAAGUUAUACUUAAAUCCGAACUGGUUCUCAAGCAAAUUAGUAAGAAUGUCUCACCCAAUGUUCAAGAAUGGCCUUUUUCCCUUUAUUCAGAUUACAACCUCUCAUUUUCAGUUAUUUGAAAAGGAAAUAAUCUCCCAAAUAUCACUAUUUCUAAAACAAGCCAUAGAAAGUUGGUUGCAAUUUCAAUUUAAUCCUCCAGAAACAACAGAACAAAUAAUGCAACAAAUAUUGUGGUUAAAUUCAAAUAUACUAAUUGACAAAAAAACUUUAUUUUUUGACAGAAUGUUUAAAAAAAGGUAUAAUCUUCGUAAAUGAUAUCAUCGGUAGGACUGGUGGAGUUAUGUCGCACAUGCAGCUAACAAAAACAUAUGGAAAUGUCUGCUCUACCCAAAAUUACAACCAAAUAAUUGCAGCCUUACCGCAAAAGUGGAAGAGGAAAGUGGAACGGGGAGAAAGUAAGGAACUUGUCUGUUGGCCUUACAUUAAAGAACAUAAUUGGUUAAGGAAAACUGUGAUAAAUAAAUAAAUAAAUAAAACAGUAUAUCAGUUUCACUUAAGGACCAAUGGAUUGACAGCCGUCCCAUAUAAAUUGCAAAAUAGUUGGGAAGAGAUUUUUGACGUACCGAUCCCAUGGCAUAGUGUUUAUGAACUGACACGCAAAACGACACCAGAUUCAAAAAUGUGAAUCUUUCAAUUUAAAUUAUUAUAUAAAAUUCUUGCUACCAAUAUAAUGUUAUUUAAAUGGGGGAUACAAUCUUCCCAGCUCUGCAGAUUUUGCUGUGAAGAGACAUAAUCAUUAGAUCAUUUGUUUUGGUUCUGUCCAUUUGUAGCUUGUUUUUGGACACAGGUCCAGGAAUGGCUAAAGGAUUGCAAUAUUUACCUGAAGCUAACCUUGCAGAUAGCAUUACUGGGUGAUCUGAAAAGUCAUAGUCAAUCGAUCAAUAAUAUAAUAAUACUUUUAGCCAAAAAAAAUAUUUUUUAUUCACAAUCUGUAGAAGCAAUGAGAAUAGAAAGGUUCAGAACUUUUGUAAAACAUUACAGUACGGUUGAAAUAUAUAUGGCAAAUAGAAAUCCUAUAUGGAUGGUGUUAAAAGAUAGAUGGGAGGUAUUGAAUAUAGUUGAAGGAUGGGACUAAUAACAAAUAACAACAAAUAAUAACAAGAUAACUAAUAAUGUAAGCAUACUGUGUCCAUAAUAAGUAUAUAGAUUGUAUGUUGGGAGCUUUUGGGAAAGAGCACAGUUAGAAAGAUAUGGCAUAUAGAAGCAAAACGGAUGGACAUCAGGAAAAUAAUCGGAGAGGUUGAGAGUAGAAGAAGUUCAGGAGCAAAAACAAAUACAAUUGAAUUAUUGUAAAAUUGAAUGUGUUCAUAAGGUGUAGAUAGUAAGUAUAGGCUGGAAGUAGAGGCCUGGGCAUUGUUGUUCACUAAUUUACCCCAAGUAGGGAAAGGAUGGCGGGGUUGAAAAGUAAUAAAGGGGAGUAUAUAUAUAAAAAACAUGGGGGAUUGGAAGUGAUGCAGACAAUUACAUUGAUGGAAGUUACAAUCUAUCUGCAAUAUUAAGCUGAUCUACCCCCACAAAAACAAAAACAAAAAGAAAGAAAGAAAGAAUGAAAGAAAGAAAGAGAGAAAGAGAGGAAGAAAGAGAGACAAGUUGAAUAUGUUUCUAUUAAACUACUCUUUAAACCCUUUAAAAUCUAUUGUUUUUACAUUUUAGAGGUCUCCUGAAAACUUUGAACCAGAAAUCUACGAUAAUGAGGGCAAGGGAGCAUACAGGUAACUCAGUAUUAUUUUACUUGUUUUCUCAUGAAUAGUUUGUAAGGACAAUGCCUCAUUUUUCAAAUCAUAUUCAGGGAAUGUAAUUAAAAUGUCAUUCUUCAUCAUUGUUUGUUCUACAGGUUCCAGUGCCCCAGUGCAGGUCUGUUCCAGUGCAGUAUAACAUGCCUGAAGUUUAGGAUGGAGGGAGAGGGAGAGUUGCUCUAUAGGACAGUCCCCUGGGACAGGAGGCUUCUAGCCCAGAGAGGCAAAAGGCCUGCAGGACCCCUGUUCAACAUUGACUGCUCUCAGAAGUCUGUCUGCCAACUACACCUCCCACACUGUGAGAUUCAUUCUGGUAAGUAAUACAUUUCCAGGGAGGUUAUAGACUACGUAUUCUUAAUCACCAUCAGUAGCAUCACUACUCCACUACUUGGUUGUUAUUUUCAUCUGAACAGAAGACUAAUGUUCUCUUUCUCUCCUAGAGGGUGGAUGUGACUUCCUGUCUGUAGCCCAUGUGACUGAUGAUGACAGUACGGAGUUUCUCCAUCCCCAUGAGACAACAGAAACUCAUGUCAUAUUAAACAUCAAUGGAUUCAGCAAAUAUGGCAUCACCAAGGAUAUGGAAGCCCCUGUCUCUCCUAUCCAUGGUCUGGUGCUACUAUUUUACCAACGCCCAGAUGAUACAAAUAAUUCCACCCUAAAUGUGUUGUUGCUGCCCAGAAAUGUUGACAUUGAUGAGGUAAGUAGAUUAGAGUUGUCAAACUCUUCUUUCGUUGGAAUUCUAUCAAACUCGUACUGUUGAACUCACCUUUUGCCUUAUUUUGGGGUGUAACGUAACACUAAAUGGUGAAUCCAAACCAGGGGGGUCUCUCGCUCGCCAACCCAACAUCUUAACCAUUACAUCAAGACGAUACCCUCAAGGUCCGAUGGCGACAUUUGGGCUUCCAUGUUUCAGGCAGGGCUUACUGUCACGACUUCCUCCGAAGCUGCUUCCUCUCCUUGUUCGGGCAGGCUUCGGUGUUCGUCGUCACCGGCCUUCUAGCCACUGCCUCUCCUCAUCUCAUCAUUCCAUUUGUUUUGUCUUGUUUAUUACACACACCUGGUUUCAAUUCCCCUCAUUAGUAGCUGUAUAAGUGUUCCCGCUGCCCCCUUGUCUUUGUGUGUGAUUGUUUAUUGUGGAGGUUAUAUGAGCUCGGUGGAGCGCCUUGUACUUUGUAUUGACAUAUAUACAGAAUAAACCUUUAUUCUGUGAUUUACCCUCCUGUGCCUGACUACCUCAUCAUGACAGUGUGUUCCAAUCCAUUUUCAAUCCUCUCAAGGUGUGUGAGAAAAGGAAGAGAAGGAAUGGAGACAGAGAAAUCUACAUUGAAAAAAAUCCUAACUGUAGACUAACCCCGGACCAAAAAUACACCCUCUCCACCGAUCUUACAGAUGAACAUCACAUAGAUCCAGAGGUAGGCUAAUAUAUAUAUAUAACAUGAGCUAGAGAGAGAGAGGAAAUGUGUUAACACAUGUACAUUAUUUUUGUGAUGCUACCUUGAUAAGAAAUAGAAAUCACGUACAAUUCUGUUUGACUUGAUACUUAUGCUUUUUUUUCAGGAAGCAGAGUUUGUGGAUUAUGAUUCCUAUACAAACUACAUGCCAACAUUUCAGUUGUGUUUAAAAACUGUUGUUGAAGAAGUGAAUCUUCUUCUGGAAGAACAUGACGGUCCUGAAAAUGAACGCGUAUGGAACCGCCUUGUUUCACUACCAGGUAACUGAAAUUCAGAGAGUGGGAGUUACUAUAGAACUAGUAGUAAUAGUAGCAUUUUACAUUUUACAUUAGUAGCAAUCAUCAUAAUAUAUGGUAGUAGUGCUGUUGUUGAUUUAAUCUAAUUAUGAUACAAUUGAUUAUUUCACCAUAUAAAUGUAGUACAUCACCUUCUCUUUUAAUCCACAGCCUCACCAACAGAAGUGAAGUCUACAGGUAACUGGUCUCAUCAAACCUUAUACUUGUCUUAGUCUCAUCAACUCACAAUUCAAUUGGGAACAACUCAUAUUCUCCUAAUGGUUCUGUGUUGUGCGCCAUUUGAUUUGACCUGCGGUUUAACCUCAUAAACUGCACCAUAAACUUAAACGACUAUAUUCUUUAUGGUCUGUCACUUAUUUUGUUAAAGGUCAUGCACAGUCAAAAUCAUGUUUUUCAUGAAAUGUGAUGAUAUUCGGAUUAAAUCAGAUCAAAGUAGGAUGACCAAAGUAUAAAAAAUGACUGUUGCUUCUGCAUUGAUAAAGUUAUCAUAAAGUUACUCAUCCUCUCCCCCAUGUCAACCACUUGGAUUCAGGAGCUGGGAUUAUUAAAGGAUUUUUGUGACAUUAUUUUCUUACCUAAUUAAAAUAAGUACCGCCUUGUAACCAACAUCGCAGAAGGCGUAUUCGCAGAGGGGUGUGGUUUACAUAGCAGCGUGUUCGAUGAAUAGGGGAAACCUGUAAUUAUAUUUUCUAAGGCAAAUAUACUUAUAGGUUUCCGCUUUCAUCUGUGUCUGGUGUUGGCUAGUUACUGGCUAGCUAGGUCUUUCACCAGCAUGGAACAAAAAUGGAGGAAGGUUAGCCCAAAACUCAGACACAAUUGUCAUGUCAUUACAUCAAGAGACAAACAUGAGAUUCAUACAAACUUCUUGACAUCAUUGAUAGUCAUGAUAUAUGACAUAUUAAGUAAUUAACAUUGUCUGACUGAGUUGACAAAACAUUAUGAACACCUGCUCUUUCCUGACAUAGACUGACCAGGUGAAUCCAGGUGAAAGCUAUGAUCCCUUAUUGAUGUAACUUGUUAAAUCCACUUCAGUCAGUGUAGAUCAGGGGUGUCAAACUCAUUUUAGCUCAUGGGCCACAUGGAGGAAAAUCUAUUCCCAAGUGGGCCGGACCGGAAAAAUCAUGGUAUAUAUAACUUAAAAACAACAACUUCAGAUUGUUUUCUUUGUUUUAAUACGAUCAACAUACAACAUAAAGCUGGAGCCUGAGGACAGUGUGUCCAAAAUAGUACAAGCACAACAUCACUAUUAAUCAUAAAACACGUCAAGUUUAUUUGAAAAUUCUAAAGAAAAAGAACACAAACACACAAUGCCUCAGUGAUUAACAGAACUGUUUCACAGAUCACAGAACUAUAUCAGGGUGUCAUUUCUCAGGCAGAAAUGUAGAUAAAAAUAAUGAAAUCCUGUUCCCCAAACAAGUGCAAGAACCACAGAGUCAAGAAUAGGUUAAAUAUACAAAUAAAAUGUCACGAUCGUCUGAGGAAACGGACCAAUACGCAGCGCGUGGAGUGAACAUGAUGACUUUAUUUAAUAAAGCACGUAAAAUACAAAACAAAAGACGAAAGUGAAGUCCUACAGUGACUAUGACUGAAACGGAACAAAAACCCACAAAACCAAGGAGAAACCACACAGUAUAAAUAUGGCUCCCAAUCAGAGAUAACGAGCCGACAGCUGACACUCGUUACCUCCGAUUGGGAGUCAUAUGACUAAACAAGCACAGUCACCAAACAUAGAAAUCAACAACCUAGACACCCCAACAUAGAAAUACACCCAAACCAAUGAAAAUGAACAACCCUGGCUCAAAAUCAAAGUCCAUGGAGCCAGAGUGUCACAGUACCCCCCCCUAAAGGUGCGAACUCCGGGCGCACCAACAUAAGGACUAGGGGAGGGUCUGGGUGGGCGUCUGUCCACGGUGGCGGCACUGGCCCCGGUCGUGAUCCCCACCCCACCACAGUCACAACCUGCUUCAGUAGCCUCCUCCCAAUGACCACCCUCCAACUAACCCCACCUGGACUAAGGGGCAACACCGGACUAAGGGGCAGCACCGGACUAAGGGGCAGCACCGGACUAAGGGGCAGCACCGGACUAAGGGGCAGCACCGGGAUAAGGGGCAGCACCGGGCUAAGGAGCAGCACCGGACUAAGGGGCAGCACCGGGCUAAGGGACAGUACCUGACUAAGGGGCAGCACCGGACUGAGGGGCAGCUCCGGACUGAAUGGCGGAUCCUGGCUGGCUGGCUCUGGCGGAUCCUGGCUGGACGGCUCAUGGCUGGCUGACGGAUCUGGCUGCUCAUGGCUGGCUGACGGAUCUGGCUGCUCAUGGCUGGCUGACGGAUCUGGCUGUUCAUGGCUGGCUGACGGAUCUGGCUGCUCAUGGCUGGCGGAAGGCUCUGGCUGAUCCUGUCUGGCGGACGGCUCUGGCUGAUCCUGUCUGGCGGAAGGCUCUGGCUGAUCCUGUCUGGCGGAAGGCUCUGGCUGAUCCUGUCUGGCGGAAGGCUCUGGCUGAUCCUGUCUGGCGGAAGGCUCUGGCUGAUCCUGUCUGGCGGAAGGCUCUGGCUGCUCCUGUCUGGCGGAGAGCUCUAGCGGCUCCGGUCUGGCGGACGGCUCUGAAGGCUCAUGGCAGACGGGCGGCUUUGCAGGCUCAGUACAGACGGGCAGUUCCUGCGGCGCUUGGCAGACGGACAGUUCAGACGGCAUUGGGCAGACGGGCAGUUCAGACGGCGUUGGGCAGACGGACAGUUCAGGCCCCGUUGGGCAGACGGGCAGUUCAGACGGCGUUGGGCAGACGGACAGUUCAGGCCCUGUUGGGCAGACGGCAGACUCUGGCUGUCUGAGGCGCAUCGUAGGCCUGGUGCGUGGUGCCGGAACAGGAGGUACCGGGCUGAGGACACGCAUCUCAGGGCUAGUGCGGGGAGAAGCAACAGGGCAUGCUGGACCCUGGGGACGCACCGUAGGCCUGAUGCGUGGUGCCAGAACUGGAGGUACCGGGCUGAGGACACGCAUCUCAGGGCUAGUGCGGGGAGCAGCAACAGGGCAUGCUGGACCCUGGGGACGCACCGUAGGCCUGAUGCAUGGUGCCGGAACUGGAGGUACCGGGCUGAGGACACACAUCUCAGGGCUAGUGCGGGAAGCAGGAACAGGACGCACAGGACUCGGGAAACACACAGGAGGCUUAGUGCGUGGUGUAGGCACUGGUGGGAAAGGGCUGGCGACGCGCACCGUAUCCCUGGUGCGAGUGGCCGGAACAGGCCGGGCCGGGCUGGCGAAGCGCACCGUAUCCCUGGUGCGAGUGGCCGGAACAGGCCGGGCUGGGCUGGCGAAGCGCACCGUAUCCCUGGUGCGAGUGGCCGGAACAGGCCGGGCCGGUCUGGCGAAGCGCACCGUAUCCUUGGUGCGAGGGGUCGUAACAGGCCGGACCGUACUGGAGGCACACACCACUGGCUCUACCCCGGGAACUGGAACGGGCCGGACCGGACUGGAUACACACCUCAGUCUCUCACGCCGUGCCUCUACAUCUCCUUUCCCUACUUUGGCCAGUGACCCCCGUAACCUGGUUGCCUCCUGAAUACGCCCCUUCUCUGCCUCCGUUAGCCCCCUUAACCUGGUAGCCUUCUGAAUUUGCCUUGUGGCAGCCUCCUGCUGCUCAGUCGCCCAAGCCAUGUGCCCCCCCCAAAAAAUUUCUUGGGGUUGCCUCUCGUCCUUCCGACGUUGGCUCUGCCGACGCCGUUGCUCCUCUCUCCGUCGCCUCUCCUCUGUUUCGCUCCAUGGACGGCGAUCCAUGCCAUCCAGGAUUUCUUCCCAAGUCCAGGACCCUUUUCCGUCCAAAAUCUCCUCCCAUGUCCAGACCUUUGGAGCUGGGUCCUGUUGCCGCUUGACACGCUGCUUGGUCCUCUUAUGAUGGGUUUUUCUGUCACGAUCGUCUGAGGAAACGGACCAAUACGCAGCGCGUGGAGUGAACAUGAUGACUUUAUUUAAUAAAGCACGUAAAAUACAAAACAAAAGACGAAAGUGAAGUCCUACAGUGACUAUGACUGAAACGGAACAAAAACCCACAAAACCAAGGAGAAACCACACAGUAUAAAUAUGGCUCCCAAUCAGAGAUAACGAGCCGACAGCUGACACUCGUUACCUCCGAUUGGGAGUCAUAUGACUAAACAAGCACAGUCACCAAACAUAGAAAUCAACAACCUAGACACCCCAACAUAGAAAUACACCCAAACCAAUGAAAAUGAACAACCCUGGCUCAAAAUCAAAGUCCAUGGAGCCAGAGUGUCACAUAAAAUCAAUUAAAAACAAUAGCACAUCAACAUAAAAACAUAUAAACAUAAAGCUGGAGCCUGAGGACAGUGUGUCCAAAAGCACAACAUCACUAUUAAUCAUAAAACACCUCAAGUUAUUUGAAAUUCUGAGGACAAACAACACACAAACACACAAUGCCUCAGUGAUUCAGAGAAGUAUAUCACAGAUCACAGAACUAUAUCAGGGUGUCUCAUGCAGCACUUUAAGUGGGGUUGCAUAGUUUAUUUGACUCCUGAUACCUGGCAUCUUUUAGCUUUCACCAGCGCAUCAAUAUCAGGUGUCACAUCCUGAGUGGCAGCCAACUUCAGGAUGUGAUUCAAGUGCUUGUGCGUGAGCCUUGAGCGCAGCUUUGUUUUAUUUAUGCUCAUUACAGAGAAAACUUGCUCACAAAGAUAUGUGGCUCCAAACAUGCACAACAGUUUUGCAGCGAGGGCUGUCAAGUUGGGGUAACCUGGCAAGAGAUUCUGAUUAAAUGUGUCCAAGCCAGCUGCGGCAAAUUUGCCCUUCAAAUCCGAGUCACACUGCAAGUCUAUUAUUUCAAGUUGGAUGUGGUCCUCUGUAGCUCAGCUGGUAGAGCACGGCGCUUGUAACGCCAAGGUAGUGGGUUCGAUCCCCGGGACCACCCAUACACAAAAAAAAAUAAAAAAUGUAUGCACGCAUGACUGUAAGUCGCUUUGGAUAAAAGCGUCUGCUAAAUGGCAUAUUAUUAUUAUUAUUAUGCUGACGGGCAGAUCAGCGGGAUUCACGGUGAAUGGCGAGCAAAAAACUUUGAAGUCUUUCUCCAGUUCACCAAAAAUCUGAAAGCGUUGCUCAAACUCCUGUAACAGUCCCGUUAUUUUAUCUUUGAACCGCUUCAUGUCUGCCACAUGUUGGGUCGCGCACACAUUUUUCAGACAGGGGAAGUGAGCUGCAUCACCACCGGCAAGUUGCGUCUCCCACAAUGACAGCUUCAACUUGAAAGAACGUAUGCUGUCAUAAUACUGCGUGACAACUUUGUUGCGCCCUUGCAGCUGUUUGUUCAAGUUAUUCAGGUGCUCUGUAACAUCCACCAUAAAUGCAAGGUCCUGCAUUCCCCCACUGGGAAGAGUAUUAUUACUGAGAUAAUUACUGAUGUCCUGUAUUGUAAGAGCAAUACAAUUGAUGAAUACUAUUUUUCUGAUAUAAACUGAUCAUACUUUUAAUGUCCUUAAUAUAAACACUUUGAGGUUAUAGACCCUUUUUCUCUCUCUGUCCCAGCCCCUCUCCCUGCAGCCACUCCUGCCAGACCCCCUACUUUCUCAGGACAGGACUUCAUUACCAAACACAAGAGUGCUCUAGAAACUCGCCUGGGACUCUUGCCGCGCAUUCUGUCGCUUCUGGAGGAUCACAAAGUUCUGAAUGCUGAGGAGAGGGAGGAGGUGGUCAGCAAAUCCACCGAUAUCCUAAAGAACCAAGCCCUGCUGAACAUGGUGGUGAAGAAAGGGGCUCGUGCCCAGAAACAAUUCUACCAGGUCCUGAAGGAAGUAAAUCCCUACCUGGUCGAAGACCUGGAAGAGCAGACAGUCUGA